CCACACCCGGAGGUCCCGGGCCGGCAGGAAGGUCACUCCGACCGAGGUUGGGUGUCUCGGGGCGCUUUCCCCGCGGUCAUUCAUUCUCCAGCCAUGCCCUGCAUCUGGACUCUCCCACUUUUGGUGCUUACCUUUACUGUUGGAUCUUUGUCCAGAGAAACUGCCCAAGCUAUUGAUACCAAAUCUGAACUGAGGACAAAUGCGACUAAAACCGAGACUCGAUGCCAGGAAGGCCAGCAGCUUGGGGACCAGUCCUGUGGUCCUCCAUGUCCACCUGGCACCAGAAAAUGUGCCAACUGUCCAAACAAUAGGGUGGAACCGGUCUGCGAGCCCUGCCAAGAAGGAAAGGAAUACACAGACAAAGAACAUUAUUCUACGAAGUGCAGAAGAUGUGGAUCCUGUGACGGAGGACAUGGUUUAGAAGUAGAAACAAAGUGUACCCCGACUCAGGAUACCAAGUGCAGAUGCAAACCAAACUUUUAUUGUAACACGUCUGGAUGUGAUCACUGCGACCCCUGCACCAUAUGUGAGCAUGGAAUCAUCGAGAAGUGCACACCAACUAGCAAUACCAAAUGCAAAACAGAAACUUUGGUUUCUAGAUCCAGUUUAUACUGGCUGUGGAGCUUCCUCUUGAUUCCGGUAACGGGGGGGGUGAUAUUUUGGCUGUAUCGACGAUGUCAUGGAAAUCGUGGGCAUCAUGAAUCCCCACCCUUAAAUGAAGAAACAAUGUCUUUCAGAUGGAUAGAUGUGGACUUGAGUAAAUACAUCAUUAACAUUGCUGAACAAAUGACAAUAAAUCAAGUAAGAGAUUUUGUCCGGAAAAAUAAUAUCAGCGAAGCCAAAAUAGAUGAGAUCAAGAAUAACUAUCUCCAAGACACAGCUGAGCAGAAAGUCCAGCUGCUUCGUAAUUGGUAUCAAUUCCAUGGGAAGAAGGGCGCCUUUGACACUUUAAUCAAAAGUCUCAGGAAAGCCAAUCUUUGUGCUCUUGCAGAGAAAAUUCAGGACAUGGUCCAGACAGAUGCUGAAAAUUCAACUUCAAACACUAGACACGAAAAUGAACAACAAAGUUUGGCCUAGAGGGCUAAUGAACUCAGUUCUGACUAUGUACAAUCGAUAAAUAGAAAAAAUAAUGGGAAAAAAGGUUCUGUUUGCAGAAGGCAACAGAUAUGACUAAGACAAUUGCUAGGCUUUUGUGUGAUACAUUUUACUUUUUCUUUUGUUAGUUUUGUAGAGCUGUUGUAUUUAUACAUGUUGAAGAUCUCAUGAUUCUGCCUUCAAGAAUGUUUAAAAUCAAAUUGGAUAAACAGACUUCGUGAAGAAUAAGUACAAUGCCAUGUGAAGUUCCCCAAAAGAAGUAUAAACAGAGAAAAAGUUUAGUGCUAUGCUCUAGUAUCGAACAUGACUCUGCAGGCCUCAGUGUCAUUAGUGUAUGUUAAGCUGACUCCAUCCUUAUAAAAACUGACCUUUUGUUACAAUGUCAAAGUCACUAGAAAAAGUACUUUGCCUCUCCUCUACCUCCCCAAUGUUUACCAGUAUGAGAGGAGAAUAGCCAGGCAAAGCUGCAUGAUACUUGAAUACAGAAUUUAAUAAGUCCCUAUGUCCAAGAUCUUUGCAUAGAUUAUUGAUGGUUUAUUACAAAAUAUUUAUUUUGAAUUUGUAUGGGAAAAUACCAGUUAAGUUAUAUAAUGCUUGAAUAAUUGCUAUUUAUAUGGCAUUUUACAAAAUCGCAGAGCUUUGGACCUAAUUUCACCAGUUACAAUAUUCUUGUGGCUCUCUAGAAAUAAAAAGUUAAAGAUUGCAGAAAAAUUCCACAAAUUGAGGCAAUCAAAGGAUAGUAAAUGGUCACGUGCAAAAGACUGGUUUUCUCGCAUCAUGCUUUUUUCAUUCUUUCUCAAUGACAUGAUAGAGGUAAGAAAGAAAGCAAUAGGUAUGAAAUGUGUUAUUACUACCUAAAUAAACAACACUGAAGUGAAAA